UGAAAACCUCCAUGAUUAAGUGGUCAAAGUCAGAGGAGUAAGCUAAAAGUUUUGAUUGACACCUUGUUUUUAAAACAAAUUACAUCACUGAUAAAAAAAACUGAUAAAAAUGUCUAAGUAAUCCCACUUAACUAACAAAGACAAUACCUCCCGCGUAAGUAAUAUAAAAGCAGAUGUCACUGCAUGUUAUUGCAAGAGAUUAUUGAAUUUUGUUUAAAAUGAAAUGGCUGGUGAUCAUAGGUGCAUUAGCCAUUGGCAGCAAUGCGUUCACCGCGAAGCAGCAAAGGAAGUUUCCUGAUGAUUUUCUGUUCGGUACUGCGACCGCGUCGUAUCAAAUAGAAGGAGGUUGGGAUGCCGAUGGAAAGGGAGAAAAUAUCUGGGAUCAUUUAACCCACACCAACCCGACUGUGAUCCUAGACCAGAGCAAUGGCGACAUCGCAGCCGAUUCUUACAACAACUACAAGAGAGACGUCGAAAUGAUGAGGGAACUUGGACUGGACGCUUACAGAUUCUCAUUAUCCUGGCCAAGAAUACUUCCUGAUGGAUUCUCAAAUAGAAUAAACGAUGCCGGUGUACAAUUCUAUAACAAUUACAUCGAUGAAAUGUUGAAAUAUGGUAUUACACCUAUGAUCACACUCUACCAUUGGGAUUUACCACAAAAGUUGCAAGAUUUGGGAGGUUUUCUCAACCCGUUAUUCCCGCAAUGGUUUGAAGAUUAUUCGCGUGUGGUCUUCGAUUUAUUCGGAGAUCGGGUCAAGUUUUGGAUCACGUUCAACGAGCCUAGAGAAGUGUGUUACCAAGGUUACGAUACAGUGACUUUGGCACCGAUGUUAAAUGCUUCUGGUAUCGGAGCGUAUCUUUGCGCGAAGCACUUAGUACUAGCUCAUGCGAGAUCGUAUUAUUUGUACAAAAAGGAGUUUGCAGGAGAUGACGGUAUUUGUGGUAUAACGUACUCAAUAGUCUGGACUGAGCCAUUGACUGAUUCGAAGGAAGAUGAAAUCGCAACCGAAUUAAUGAGACAAGCUGAUUGGGGUAUCUAUUCGGAACCAAUUUUCUCGGAAAGCGGUGGAUUCCCUAAAGAAUUAACUGAGGUUGUUAAUCAAAAGAGCAAAGUUCAAGGUUUCUCGAAGUCACGUAUGCCCGAGUUCACAAAAGAAGAGAUAGAAUUUAUAAGAGGCGCAUACGAUUUCUUUGGAAUCAAUCAUUACACUGGUGUUUUAGUUUCUGGUACUGAAUACCUUCAAGAACACCCAGUACCUUCGAUGCAAGAUGAUAUUAAUGUAGGAACGUUCACGCCUAGUGACUGGCCUUCAGCGCCAUCACCUUGGUUAAAGCAAUCACCCAACAGUCUUCUAAAAGUUCUACUACAUAUUAAAGAGAAGUACAACAACCCAGUGAUGUAUAUAACUGAGAAUGGCUGGUCUACGAGAUUGGAACAGGGGCUGGAAGAUGAUGACAGAGUACGUUACUACCGCGAUAACUUGGAAAAUGUUCUAGACGCGUUGGACGAAGGUGUUAACCUAAAGGGAUAUAUGGCCUGGAGUCUCAUGGAUAAUUUUGAAUGGACGCGAGGAUAUACUGAACGUUUCGGACUCUACGAGGUUGACUUCGAAGACCCGGCAAGAACUCGGACGCCGAGGAAGUCCGCAUUUAUUUACAAGGAGGUGAUCAGGACCCGUGUUAUUGACCACGAUUAUGUACCUCCCUCAAUGAUCAUGACAAUAGAUGAAGGAAAUUGAAUAAAAUAACUACAUCACCGAC